CGCCACCUCAGCCGCAGUUGCCAGUGCCUAGACCCCGACCUGGCGGGUCUGCGCUAGGCGGGCGUGCGGGCAGGCGGGGGCGCUGACGAGGAGCAGGAAGGGGCAGCUGCUUGUGCUUGGGCGGCUUGCUUAGGCGGAGGCGCAGGGGGGCGGCGGGUCGCGUGGGGCCGCUCUCCUCGAACAGCAUUAUGGAUCCAAGCCUGCUGAGAGAACGGGAGCUGUUCAAAAAACGAGCUCUUUCCACUCCUGUAGUAGAGAAACGUUCAGUGUCUUCUGAGUCUUCCUCUUCCUCCUCAUUAUCAAAGAAGAAAAAAGCAAAGUUAGAUCAUGGAGGGUCAUCAGGCACCAAACAAAAUUCUGAUCACAGUAAUGGAUCAUUUAACUUGAAAGCUCUCUCAGGAAGUGCUGGAUAUAAGUUUGGAGUUCUUGCUAAGAUUGUGAAUUAUAUGAAGACACGGCACCAGCAAGGAGAUACACAUCCUCUAACUUUAGAAGAAAUUUUGGAUGAAACUCAACAUUUAGAUAUUGGGCUUAAGCAGAAACAAUGGCUAAUGACCGAGGCCUUAGCGAACAAUCCCAAAAUUGAAGUAAUAGAUGGAAAAUAUGCCUUCAAGCCCAAGUACAACUUGAAAGAUAAGAAGGCCCUACUUAGGCUCUUAGAUAAGCAUGAUCAGCGAGGCUUGGGAGGGAUACUUUUAGAAGACAUAGAGGAAGGACUGCCAAAUUCCCAGAAAGCUGUCAAGGCUUUAGGGGACCAGAUACUGUUUGUAAAUCGUCCUGAUAAGAAGAAAAUUCUUUUUUUCAAUGAUAAGAGCUGUCAGUUUUCUGUGGAUGAAGAGUUUCAGAAGCUUUGGAGGAGUGUCACUGUGGAUUCAAUGGAUGAGGAGAAAAUUGAAGAGUAUCUAAAACGACAGGGUAUUUCUUCCAUGCAGGAAUCUGGACCAAAGAAAGUGGCCCCUAUUCAGAGAAGGAAAAAGCCUGCCUCACAGAAAAAGCGGAGAUUUAAGACUCAUAAUGAACACUUGGCUGGAGUGCUGAAGGAUUACUCUGAUAUUGCUCCCGGCAAAUAGUGAACUGUGUGUCCUUGAACAAAAAGCCACAAAUCCAGAGUCAAGGUCUUUCUUGUUGCUGCUUGGAAUCUGAAGACUGCCUCUCUUCCCUUCCUGCUUCUUAGGACUGAGAAGAGCAGAUCAGGUUCCAGCGCAAGUGCAAACUACCAAACUCAAAGCUUAUUUAACCGAAUAGGCUAUUGAGAAAUGUGACUUGGUGUGACUUUCACUGUUAACCUUCUGUUACUUCUUGGGAGAAGGCACUUAGCAUGGCAUGCAAGUGUCUUUGAUAUUUAACUCUGCUUCUGAAUGGUUCCUGGUUCCAUUUUCCUCUUUUAUUACUUUAGAGCAAGUUUGCAGAUAGUCUUGAAUGCAAUAUUUGUUUAUUCCAAAAGAACAUAUUUAUAAUAAAAUCAUUGUAGAAGGAUUUGAAAGA